AUGUUAUACUUAUCUGAAAGUGAAAUGUGGUACUGUGACGGAACAUUCUACGUUUGUCCAUCAAUAUUUUAUCAAAUUUAUUCUAUCCGUGGGUAUAAUGAUGAUGGUAUUAUGGCACCUUACGUAUAUUGUUUAUUACCUGGCAAAUCCGAAACAUUAUAUACUGGCUUACAGGCAGCGUAUAAAGAUGACGAACAGCUGCGUAUGUGGUUUAGAUUAUUUGCUGCUGUGGCAUUAUUACCACUUUCGGACAUGAUAUUUGAUUUUAAUUAUUUAAUACAAAACAAACCAAAGUAUCCACAACUGAUAUGUUUUGUACAGUAUUUUCAUCAAACAUAUGGUGCAUUUAGUACUUUUCCAUCACCCACGUACAAUCAUUUUAUGAAUUUCUCACCACGCACAACCAAUCAUGUGGAAGGUCGUCAUUUCAAAUGGAAAAAACGUGGUACAGCAGCUCACCCGAAUAUUUAUUGUACAAUUGAUUUAUUGCGUCAAGAACAAUCACUUGGCGCAUUUAAUGCGCUUCGAGAUCAUAUGGGUGUAUCGCAGCCAAACGACGUCAACAAAUAG